GUGUGGGACGGAGUUGAGUUAUUUGUGUUAUCGAAAAGGGAGAGAGAGCAGGAACAGGGGGUGUGUUUGUGGGGCAAACGAGUACAGCGCAGGGUGCGUGAGAAGCAAGCUGGCGGAAUUCAAUAUGGCAUCCGGCGAUACGCUGUAUAUUGAGGCGGAUGGCACGGAGAUGCCGGCCGAAAUCGUGGAGUUGCACGAGAUAGAGGUGGAAACAAUACCGGUGGAGACUAUCGAGACUACGGUGGUAGGGGGAGACGAAGAUGAAGACGAACAGCCGAUGAUAGCACUUCAACCGCUUGUAUCAGACGAUCCGAAUUCGAUCCACCACCACCACCACCACCACCAUCAAGAAGUGAUCCUAGUCCAGACAAGAGAGGAGGUUGUUGGCGGGGAUGAUUCCGAUAUGCAUGCAGACGGGGGUUACGAGGAUCAAAUUCUCAUCCCUGUCCCAGCACCGGGCGUGGAAGAUGAAUACAUUGAACAGACUCUUGUUACUGUGGCAGGGAAAAGCUCGGUGGGUCGGAUGAAAAGAGGGGGAGGCAGCAGUGGCAAGAAAGCGGGCAAAAAGAGCUAUUUAGGCGCUGCUGAAGCGAGUGGUAGAAAAUGGGAACAGAAACAGGUGCAAAUAAAGACUCUAGAAGGGGAAUUCUCGGUUACAAUGUGGGCUUCGGAUGACAAAAAAGACAUCGACCAUGAGUCGGUUGUUGAAGAACAGAUCAUUGGGGAAAAUUCCCCUCCGGACUACUCUGAAUACAUGACGGGGAAGAAGCUGCCCCCUGGAGGAAUACCUGGCAUCGACCUGUCGGACCCCAAACAGCUGGCAGAGUUCGCAAGGAUGAAGCCAAGGAAGAUAAAAGAAGAUGACGCUCCCAGGACGAUAGCCUGCCCUCAUAAAGGCUGUACUAAGAUGUUCAGGGACAACUCGGCAAUGAGGAAGCACCUUCACACCCAUGGGCCUCGCGUACACGUCUGCGCAGAGUGCGGCAAAGCGUUUGUAGAAAGCUCCAAACUCAAACGCCACCAACUUGUACACACGGGGGAAAAACCCUUCCAGUGCACCUUUGAGGGCUGUGGGAAGAGGUUUUCGCUGGACUUUAACCUACGGACACACGUUCGUAUCCACACCGGAGACCGGCCCUACGUUUGCCCGUUCGACGGCUGCAAUAAGAAGUUCGCCCAGUCAACCAACCUCAAGUCUCACAUCCUCACACACGCCAAAGCUAAAAACAACCAAUGAGAGCCCCUACCGACUGGCCCCCUCCCAAACCCCCCAGAAGCCUCUUAACGACGCCACACGUCAAACCUCCCCGGAGGAAAGAAACAAUUUAAAAAAACAUACCUUGAGCGAAACGGAGAGAAAAAAAGGAGACGAAAGAAAUUCGAAUGGUACUGAAAUUCUCCUCAGUCAUCUCCCGUUGGAUUGGCUGGCUGAGGAAUUAAUGGCACUUUUCCAAAAGAAUCAACCCCCCCAUUCCCCUGCUCUCCCCUUGACAGUGGCAUCAUGUUGCCAGAAAUAUGGAACUCAUGGAUUAACAUCAGAGACUAUUCUUUCUAAUAUUAAGCUAUGCGAGAGCGGGGGCAAUCUGUCUGUUUUUCCAUUUUAAAUGAAUUUCCACCAACCGGUCUUCAUAUCUUUCUGCAUAGCUUUUAAUUUUCUAUUUUUCCUAAGUGUGCAUAUUGUACACUUAUUAUCGGAGAUAUGUUCCAUAUUACAACAUAUGGUUAUGCUUUCCCCCCCUUGAGCAUUGACCACCACGACUGUAUCAAAGUUCUGGAAGUCCCUCACAUUAGACCAGUUACAUAAUGUUGCUUCAAAGUAUUUUCUGUACAAAGUAAUUUUUUGGGUUUGAAUCCUCAUCCCUUCUUUGGUAUGUAUUUCUCCUAACCAUUCAAUAAUCUCGUAUACUUGUAUUGUAUGGCUGUAUUGAAAUUAUGUAGACAUUGAUAGAGGCGUGAUUUAAAGUGUUAACCAAUUUACCUUUUAGUCAUGAGUUGCUUUAUCUUUUCAUAUCUUUGUCCCUUGCGGAGAAACGGGUCACUACCGUUGAUUUACUACUAGCCUGUCUCUGUUGCAGCACUGAAAGACAAUACAACAAAUCGCCAACGUGACCAUCAGUUUCUUUGUUAGAAUGUAAUGUACAGGUGUCAGUCAGCCAUGAAUUUUCUUUGUUGGUAUUUACACCCAUGUAUUUCAAUGGCCCACAAUAAACAAAUAAAACGGUCAUCCCAACUCUA